GGUUGCAAGAUAGUUGAAGGUAGAAAUAUUUACAUGUCAAAGGCAAGCACACAAGCAUCAAAUUGAGUUAUGGACCCAUGUUCUUGGUCUAAAUGGGCCAGGCCCAUUAUAAAACUUCCAAGAGCGAUCACAACGAAGAAAAGGUCGUCCCAUUAAUGGCGGGGAUGAGUCUGUUGGCUCAGCCGUAUGAGAAUCGGUAUGAUGUUAUCUUCUCUGGUUCCUCUGCAACUUCCAUCUCGGAUGCAAACUCAUCUCUGGUAUAUGUUACCAAACGAAGUGAAGAGCGAGUCUUCUCUCACAACAGGAGAAAGAUAGUAUCUUUGGAAUGCAAAGUGAUGCGCUUAAGAAGAAGAAUGCAUUGCUUGCUCGCACCUUGGUUCGAACCACAGUGGCAAGAUAUCAGACAAACAACAACAACGACACUGUGGUGGAUCCAAGAUCGUUGAAGUUCAAGAAGAACCUGUACGGAAAGCCUGAAGUAGAUGGGGAGGUUGAUACUACUACUAAUUAUCCUAAACUGAAGUUCAACAUCUCACACACGGAUUCAUUGAUAGCCUGUGGAGUAACAGUAAACGUUCCGGUUGGUAUUGACGUUGAAGACAAGACAAGGAAGAUGAGACACGAUGUGUUAUCACUUGCAAAGAGGUUUUACUCGUCUCGAGAAGUUGAGUUUCUGUCAAGUAUAGCAGACAUGGAAGCUCGGCGUAAGGAGUUUAUAAAGCUAUGGACUCUCAAAGAAGCUUAUGUGAAAGCAUUAGGGAAAGGCUUCUCUGCUUCACCUUUUAAUACUUUCUCAAUCAUCAGGCCUGUGGCUGCUGAAAGCUACAAUCUUUGCGGCCAGGCAGAGGGAUGGAAGUUUAGGCUUCUGGAGUUAGCUGCUUCGUCUCAUUACGCUGCAAUCUGCAUUGAAGGAGAAGAUGAUGAAGAAGAAGCUAUGACUGUGAUUGUCCACAGAACCAUCCCAUUCGUUGAAGAUGAACUUAUAUCUGACUGGAAACUGCUUUAGCUUGUUCAAAGUGUUGAAACACUUAUAGUAAAAGGCAUUGUUUCACAACAAAUUAUUUACAAAGACGAAUACAGAAUCCAACUUUUCACACU